GUUAAGUUUUAUUGCGGCCGCUAGAGGUGGAUGCAAAAACUUGGUCCUGGCUGGGUGGUAUGGACUCAUUGGAUGGACAACAAGCUUCAACACAUUUUCCAAAAACGUUACGCGCUGUGGCAACGAGUGGCAACGGGUGCUAUUAUAUAGUCUAGUGAUUUCCUCGACAUCACUCAAAGGGGCUGUUAUCUUUCUAUUCAAUGAAGGUGUUGGGGUUUUUCGACUUUUAUGGGCGUACCUGCAUGCUAUUGUGUAUAAGUGGAGUUAAAGUGCGAGAGAAUGUCACAAUUCCACAUUUGAUGCGUCUACUUUGAAACAUGUGACAGUGAGACAUUGGAUUUAAGCGGAGGACUCGAGAAAACUUGCUGCAUGUCUGGAACUGGGACCUCACGCCGAAGAGAAGGGACAGCUCCACAACAUAGAUUGAUGUGAGACUUCAAAGAACAUCAUUGCAGGCAGGCGUUCUCCUAAAAAGUGAUGUGACAUAGUAACCUGUAUGUUAUCCUGCAAGAAAACAUUCAGAAAUUGUGAUAUUUGUAUUAAAAUGGAGAUCAAUUUUAUACACGAGUAACAACUGUAUACCUGUGUAACAUCAUCAUCAAACACAUCAUUGUAAGAUGAGAGCCUUCAUUCCUUUGAACCGGGCCACAUUUGGACUUUUAUGGAGCUGCUUGAGUUUUCUACACUGGGUUCAUUGUGGUUUAGGCGACAACCAUGUGCAUUCUAGUUUUAUUUACAGGAGAUUGCGUAACCAUGAACGGAGAGAGAUUCAAAGAGAGAUUCUCUCUAUUUUGGGUUUACCACAUCGUCCAAGGCCCUUUUCCCCAGGAAAACAAGCAUCCUCAGCACCCCUGUUCAUGCUUGACCUGUACAAUGCCAUGACUACUGAGGAGGAAGAAGGAUUGGGAAUACAAGAGGUUACAGGGAAAGGAUUCAGCGGGAAGGCUCAUGGAAACUCGCGUAAAGGGAACUACGGCUAUCCACAGGGAUACACUCGUGUGGCGCAACCUUACCGCGCGGCCCCUCUGACGAGCCAAAUCCCUCCACUCACUACAUCUCACGACACCAACUUUCUCAACGAUGCUGAUAUGAUUAUGAGCUUUGUCAACUUAGUGGAGAAAGACAAAGAUUUCUCCCAUCAGCGGAGACACUACAAGGAGUUUCGUUUCGACCUGACUCAGAUCCCAGAGGGAGAGGCGGUGACUGCUGCUGAGUUUCGGAUCUAUAAAGAUGGCAGUCAUGCCCGCUAUGAGAACAUUACCCUGAAGGUCACCAUCUACCAGGUCAUCAAGGAAUAUCAAAACAAGGAUGCAGAGACAUUCUUGUUGGAUUCCAAAAAGAUCAAGGCCUCUGAUGGGGGCUGGCUAGUCUUUGACAUCACAGCCACUAGUAACCACUGGGUGCUGAACCCACUACAGAACAUGGGUCUGCAGCUCUCUGUGGAGACUUUGGAUGGACGGAGUAUAAACAUGAAGUCUGCUGGCAUCGUUGGAAGGAAUGGGCCACAAUCCAAACAGCCAUUCCUAGUGUCAUUCUUCAAGGCCAGUGAAGUSUUGUUGCGCUCUGUCAGGGCUGCUGGUGGAAAGAGAAAGAACCACAACCGCAACAAAUCAGGUGGUCAACAGGAAUCACCACGGGCACCCAAAAGUGGAGAUCAUAACACCAGUGAGCAAAAACAAGCCUGCAAGAAGCAUGAACUUUACGUCAGCUUCCGAGACUUAGGAUGGCAGGACUGGAUUAUUGCCCCGGAAGGUUAUGCUGCUUUUUACUGCGAUGGGGAAUGUUCCUUUCCACUCAAUGCACAUAUGAAUGCGACAAAUCACGCCAUUGUGCAAACCCUGGUCCAUCUGAUGUUCCCUGACAAUGUGCCAAAGCCAUGCUGUGCACCGACCAAGCUGAACGCUAUAUCUGUGCUUUACUUUGAUGACAGCUCAAAUGUCAUCCUCAAGAAAUACAGAAACAUGGUUGUUAGGUCAUGUGGUUGCCAUUAAUGGGCAAGCAGGAUUGUAUUUCAGAUAUGUGGUAUUGCUGGAAAAGUUCAUAUCAAUAUAGAUAGAUCUGAAUUUGUGUUGUGCUGUACAGUAUUAUGUAUAUAUUAGUUUUAUUAACUUAUUUAUUUCCACCUAUUUUUGUGAUAACACUCAAUAUUGUACAAUGAAUAUUAGUCCAUGUAUAUUUGACAUCACUUAGCACUCUCUCCUAUAGGCCAUAGCGAACAUAUACAAUUACAUUGUAAUAGUUAUAGCAUUUCAUUGUACAUCUUAGUAAAAGGAAACCUCUCUCUACAAUAUCAAUCUAUUGGAUCUUAUUGUUUAUUGGAUACGGCUCAACAAAGUAUACCAGUUUUUCCAAAAUAUUGCUUUAUUCAAGCAAACCUAUAUCACUGUUUUUCAAACUGUUACAUUGGAUUUCAUUUUCAAACCAUUGUUUUAAACCAUUAUAACCACUCAAAAAAGGUUUACAUAUUGCUGCUACAGUUAAAUGAGGUCAUAUUUUAGGACAUACCAGUUGAAAAUGUUUUGUGUAGCUAUCUUACUUAGAUAUAGUGUCAAUUAUUGCAUCAACAUUGGAUUAUUAUGGUUUUAUAAGCACAUUGUAUGUAGCCUAUACUAGCUUACGUGUAUGCAACUUGCAACACUCUCUUUGAUUUCUCCUUCAGAUGUGUUAAAAGCAGAAUCUGUAUUCAGGUAAUUUGAGUAACAGCCUGGCACAACAUUAAUCACAUUAAAGGUAUGAUGUAAAUUAAGUAUUUCAAAUAGGACUCCUUGAAUAACACUCUAGGGUUUUUCCUCUGGCCUUGACGAUAACCAUGUUUACACUGUACACAGGCUUCAAACAGUCUAUCAUAAAAUAUAUAGUUAGACUUCUGGCUAUAAAAUAUAUGUAUAUAUCAUGUUUUCUAUCAAAUAAGUUAUGCUGAAAGGUACUUCCUCUACGUCAAAUAUGUCAUACAUUCUGUUGAAUAUAUCUUUCCAUAGCAUUUACUGAAAAAACAUGAGGACUGGCCUGCUAUAUUCUCAGACCCAGGAAAUGUCAUAGUUCAGUAACAGUCUAUUGUAGGAAUAUAUGAGAACUAGACAAAAAUUGUGGAGUAGCUCCCUAAAAACGUACUUUACGGCCAGUAUAUAUUUUCAUUUUACAUACUCAAUACGUAAUGAAUGAAAUUACCCUAAGAAAAUACAUUGUUUGCCCAAUUGUGGUUAUAUCACUGUUAUUUUUGUAUUAUUAUGGAUAUUAUGUUAUUGUUGUCAUGUUGUUAUGCUUCAUAAUAAUUUGAGUAAUAUAUGUUUGAGAAAAGUACACGUUAUUGUAUUAUUAGAGUGUGGCUUAUAUAUUAUUAAAUGAUUUUUUGGAAAAUA